AGUCACUUGUUCGCCGUUCGCCGACGAGGUCGCAACUUGAGUCGCGUGGCAGCAAAUUAUUGGGAAGCCCACUUAAUAGUAUGUGAUUCCGUGGCAAAGGCCAUAAUUUUCCAUGCCAGUGAGUGAAAAUGCUUAUAAAUUGUGAAUUUAAUCUAUCGCGUGCCGCUGCCAUUUAUUACUGCGGCGAGCGAAUUUCGGGCUCACUCACUGUGACAGUCGGCGGCAAAAAGCCUUUCCCAUUAGAGGGCGUAAAUAUCACUCUUUAUGGCACCUCCACGGUUCACUGGAGGGAGUCCGACCCGGGGCCUCCGCAAAUCGAACAUAAUGACAGCGCCAGGCAGGUGGAGUGUGCCAAAGUGGAUUACAAAGGCGGCAAGGUUCACAUAAAUGAAACAAAGAACUUGGUGGGUCGACUUGUUUUGCCGCCUGGUCCCAAGGACCUAGGCCCGUUUGAGUUCCAACUCCCUGAAAGUCUGCCAGCUACAUGUAGUGUUCCCCAUGGCCGUGUGGAGUAUAUCCUAAAGGUGGUCAUCGAGAGGAGAAGCAAGCAUAGUAAGUCUUUCGAGCAGCGUUUGGUGGUCAGAAGGAGCCUGGAAUUCGCUGACCUCAAGCCACAAAUUAAGAAGACCUCCACGCUGAGUCUCUCUCUACCCCGAAGUGUGUUUGUUCCUGGCCAAAACGUGGGCUUUGAAGUUGACUCUAGGGAUGGAGUUUUGGAUAUUCUCACCCGGUUGUAUCAAAGCAUUACCUACCAGAGUUCUGUGCCGGAGAAUAGGACCAAAACAGUGAAAAAAGUGUUGGCAGAGUGUUCCCGUCUCAAAGGGGAUCUCCGCCUGCCACUGACUGCUCCCAUUAUGAGCCAUCCUGAUCAGUUCGGGCCCAUUCACAUUAGCUACUUUAUAGAGGCCUAUAAUUUUGUGGAUCCACCACUCCGGCUGCCCCUUUUUGUGGCCACUGUGGCGCCGCCUACUCACUUCCCCUGCAUCGAGUACUCCCGCCUUUGCUUCGUGAAUUUGGCGCUGAGUCAUGGCGAUUGGCUCUCGCCAAUUAAUCAACUGCUGGCCCAAAGCUGUUCCCGGGAAAUUGGCGCCCUGGCGCUGAACAAACACUGCGAAGGCAUCAGGUUACUGAAAGGUCCGAAGAGAAAACAGUCGUACGUGCAACUGGCACUGCGAUAUUUUCAUAAGAAAGUGCUACCCUAACACGUGUCGAGAUUGGAAUUCCAGUGACCAGCACUGGAUACACAUGAUAUUCAAUGGAAUCGAACUAAGUCGGCGGUCGCUGAAACGCGGAUUCUAAAGAAACAUUAUUGAGGCGACAAAAUUGUACAUAUAUAAUAAUGAGACAAAAAGUUACUAGAAAAUAAUAUGUUAUAUAUUAUUUUAAAGAAAUAUACAUACCUAUACCCUA